AUUACCGUGUCAUUAGUCUGUCAAUAGACUUACACAAGUUGUGACCCCAUUUCGGCCAAACUUUGCGUAAAUGAGCCGACACACGUGACGCCUGAUUAUUUUCACUGUCAAGGCAUGUGAAGCAAACAUGGAAAAGCUCAUGAAUGAAGAAAUCUGGCCGAGGGAGUUUUCGGGAGCUGUGUAUGGGUUAACUGUUGUUUUUAUAUCUCUGGUGGCUUUCUACUGCUCUAGUUUAUUCGCUCAAGUUUUAAUCCCUAGAGCCGCCGAGAAAAAUGCUUGGAAAUGGAAGAACAUUUCAAUAUCACUUGUGCACUCUCUUAUCAGUGGAUUCUGGUCUUGCUACUGUUUUUAUGACAAUCCAAAGUUGGCCGAAGACAUGAUCCAAACCCAUACAGUUCCCGCACACACCCUGAUCAGUGUGUCUGUCGGAUACUUUAUUUAUGACACCAUAGACAUGCUUAUUUAUCAGAGAAAUCGGCAGUCCUACGAGUUAAUGGGACACCAUGUUGUGAUCAUCAUCUGUUUUGGGGUUUCCAUUGUCUCCCGGAUGUAUGUGGGAUAUGCUGUCGUUGCCUUGGUGAUAGAAUUGAAUAGUAUUUUUCUUCACCUUAGACAGAUUUUACAGAUUUGCCAAUAUAAGAAAGACAACAAAAUUUACAGACUAAACAGUAUUAUAAAUCUAGGAACGUUUGUGGGUUUCCGUAUUUCUGUGAUGGCUUGGAUGAGUCGAUGGAUGUUGAUCAACAAAGACUUAAUCCCCCUUGUGUUCUAUAGCCUCGGCAGCAUCGGACUUGCUGUCAUGACGGUCAUGAACAUCAUUCUGUUUUACCGCCUGCUGCAAAGCGACUUCAUCCGCAAGAAAGAGUCCACCAUUAAAGUGGAUUAAUCUCUCACCACAGGCAGUGAGCCAUUUCCACAGAUUUGAUGUUGUUGUGUAUAAACGUACAUUUGAACAAUCAAAAUGGAUUGUAUGUAUGUGAUUCCAUUACGAAGCAACUGAAUGUCUGAAUACCAUUCAUGAUUAUAUGAUAAUUAUAUAUAAAUGGAUGUUGUGAUUGGGUUUGAUCGUGAUUGAACUGACCCAUGAUUAUUUAUACAGAAUUCCAUUCAUUACUGUCCUAUGAACCUUAUGCUUUCUAAUAUAUCUGUAUUUUGUCUCAUUCAUUUGCUGUGUUGAUAAAUAGUAAAGAAGCCCGUUACAGAGAAUUGCUGUCACUGUUCAGUCGCUGCUCCGAGUUAAGCUUCAAUCAAACAAUCUUUGAAUCUACCCAAUAUGAACAAAUUCUGGAGCAUUGAACAAAUUCAGAUCCCCAAGAGAAUGAACAAGUGUAGUGUAAUGCAGUAAUACAAUUAAUGUAUCUUUUACCCAUGUGUCUAAAUGGAAAUGCCUGGCAUUCAAUGUUUGAUUUGUGUUGGAAAUUUUUAUAAAUAAUUUAUUUUAAUCCAUCCUUUAUUCAUUUUAUCAAAUAAUCGAGAGAAAACUGAAAAAAAAUUAUCAUUUAAAGGGAUAAAAAAUGUGAAUAAAAAAUAUCUAUGAAGAGUGUUGUCAUGUGAUAUUAUAUUUAUAAUCAGGUCCACAAAGAUAGAGUAGUAAGACCAACUUUGAGUAGAACCAAAGUGAUCAAUUUCUAUAUAAUAU